GCUGCGCGCUGUUUCCGGCGCCUCCCCGGUGGCGCCGGGGCCGGGGCCGCGGGCAGGGUGGGAGCGGCGCCUCAAGGGCCGCUUCCUCUUCCCACCUCGGGAGGCUGCAAGGAGAUUCCCCCCUGGCAUGCUGCAAAUUCCAAGGAAGGCAGCACAAUUGAAGACACAGCUGCUGCCAUGGUGAACGAGAAGCACGCUGGCACCCUGCUGGUGCAGCUGGGGCCCAAGCUGCAGGCCCACCCAGAGCAGCUGCUGCGGCGGCGGCGAGGCCACGACGAGCGGCCGGAAUACCUGGUGCGGUGGAGCGUCGUUAGCUCGGAAGAGAGAGCGGCGGGAGGCAGCGGUGCCUCCUCUGGAGACACCAAGGCAGAGAACAUCUCCCUGUGGAUGUCUGCAGAAGAGGUCUGUGCCAGCUGCCCGGCGCUGCUGGCCCAGACGAGGCCGUUGGCCGCGGACAAAGUCCCGCCGGACAAAGCGCCGCUGGACGAAGCCUCGCUGCUGGAGAUGAAGGCCGAUGUCAGGAGCCUGGUGCAGCGAGCCGGGCGCCAGGUGGCCGAGGCCGGGAGCCCCGAGUGCUCCAUCCUGAGCACGGUGCACGUGCUGGGCGCCUACGCCAGCAUCGGCUCCCUGGCGGGCGCCUUCAGGGAGGCGGGAGCCCUGGAGCUGCUGACGGCCAUGCUGUGCCACAGGGAGCGGCGGAUCCGCCGCGGCGCCGGCGAGAUGCUGCGAGCUCUGGGGGCUCACGAUGCAGGAAUCUGGGCCCACGUCCUGCUGUCCCUGAGCCAGCAGGAUGGCAUUGAGCAGCACAUGGACUUUGACAGUCGCUGCACCUUGCUGGAGCUGUUUGCUGAGAUCACAUCCUCUGCAGAGCCCUGCAUGUCCUUCGAGGGGAUUCACCUCCCGCAGAUCCCUGGGAAGCAGCUGUUUGUCCUGGUGAAGCACUACCUGUGUGUGACUUCUCUCCUGGACAAGCUGAGCAGCGGCAUGGAGCAGGGAGAGGAGCAGCAGGGCUGUGCUGUGCCCAGCCCCGUCCCUGAGCAGAGGAGCCGUGUGAAGCAGGAGUUUGAGUUCAGCAUGGCCAUGGCCAACCUCAUCUCGGAGCUGGUGCACGCCAUGGGCUGGAGCCACAGGCACAAGCGGGACCUGCAGCCUCGCCCUGCCCGCUCCAUCUUCCAGCACAAGCCCCCGGCCAGCACUGCUGCCCGAAAGCCUGUGUUGCCUUCAAAUCCUGGUCCUCACAAGAAGCAGGGCUGUACCUUCCUGACUGCAUCAGACUUUGCAGACAGCAGUGACUACACGGAGUACUUGCGGGCACACCUGGUGCGUGGCAUGCGGGUGCGCUUGCUGGAGGACUGUGGUGACAUUAGAGCUGGGGAGGAAGGCGAGUUUCUCCAGAGCACGAAUAACAUGCACACAGUACAGGUUUUACGGCAGUCGACGGGUCGGACCUACUGGGUGCGGUGGCACAUCCUGGAGAUUGUUGGCUUUGGGGACCAGUGGGAAGAUCCUGCUGCUCAGGAAAAGGAAUAUAGUGUGAGAAAGAGCUUCAGUCUAGACACAGGGUCAGGGGCCGUGUGUGUCUGGCUGUGGCUUGGGGCCACGUGUGGGGGACAGGGCUGGGGUGGCCAGCGGUGCAGGCAGCCACAGGAGGCCCAGCUUGGCUCCCCCAGGCACACGUGUGCCCUGGGGCUCCUUCAGGGCCCAGCUCAAGCCUGGCUGAGCCUGGCUUGGGUGCUGGCUGCAGGUGCCCUGCGGCUGAACCAGGCAGCCCUGGCGCAGAGCUGCGGCCGCCAGCUGAGGCUGCUGCCCCAGCAGAGGUACCUGCGGACAGAGAGGGCCGAGGUGAGCGCCCUGGAGAGGAAGAGGAACGUCCUGUGCUGCCUCAUCACCCGCAUCCUCAAGGGGGAGAAGCAGCUGCACAUCGACAACCUGGUGUUCAGGGUGAUCGAUGCGUGUCAGAAGGGAGAGCUGGGCCCAGGGGUGCAGUUCCUGAGCUUCUGCUGCCACAGCGUGGACGUGCUGUCCUGCAUCCUGCACCUGCUGCACCAGGGCUACCUGCGGCGCCAGGAGGGGAGGCCUCACGUCUUGGAAUACAUCUCUGCUGAAUCCACAACACCUCUUGGUGGCCAAGCACAGAUGACUUUCCAGUGCAGGCCAGCCCAAGCAUCUCUGGAGGAGGAUGGCAGAGACAGCCUGCAUUGGCGGGAUCCUGGCACAGACCGGGCGGAGGAAUAUCUCAUGGCAAUGCUGCAGGUGCCAAUGGGGCACACACUCAGUCCAGAGGAGGCAAAGCUGCUCAUGAACCAGACAGUACAGCAGGUCCAGGAUACUCUGAGCAUACCAGAUGAUGUUGCUCGGCACCUCCUCAUGCACUGCAGGUGGAAUGUGGAUUUCCUGAUCCAGUGCUAUGUGGAGAACCGUGAGGGCCUGCUCAUCUCCUCAGGGCUGCAAGUGCAGGAUGUCCAGCCACCCCCAAGCCCUGGAACCCACUGCCCAGUCUGUGUGAACCAGCUGUGUCCCACUGAGAAGCCACCAACCCUUUGCUGCAUGCACUACUGUUGCAAGCCCUGUUGGAGGGAAUAUCUCACAACUCGCAUUGAGCAGAACAUGGUUGUCAACUGCACCUGCCCCAUAUCCGAGUGCCGAGCUCAGCCCACCACAGCCUUCAUCUACUCCAUCGUGUCCUCCGAGGAGAUCAUAGCCAAGUAUGAACAAGCCCUCCUCAGACGCUAUGUUGAGUGUUGCUCCAACCUGACAUGGUGCACCAACCCUCAGGGCUGUGAUCAGAUCCUCCUUAAGGAUGGGCUUGGCUAUGGAGCAGCCUGUUCCAAGUGCUCCUGGAUAUCCUGCUUCAACUGCAACUUCCCAGAGGCCCAUUAUCCUGCCAGCUGCAGCCACAUGUCUCGGUGGGUGGAUGAUGAUGGAUACUAUGAGGGAAUGACAAGUGAAGCCCAAAGCAAACACCUGGCUAAGCUCAUUUCAAAGCACUGCCCAAACUGCCAGGCUCAGAUAGAGAAAAAUGAAGGGUGCCUGCAUAUGACAUGUGCAAAGUGUAAUCAUGGCUUCUGCUGGCGCUGCCUCAAGCCCUGGAGGCCGAAUCACAAGGAUUAUUACAACUGCUCUGCUAUGGUGAGUAAAGCAGCAUGGCAGGAGAAGCGUUUCCAGGAUUACAAUGAGAGAUGCACCUUUCAUCACCAUGCAAGGGAAUUUGCUGUAAGUCUGAGGAACAGCAUUUCUUCCAUCAGAGAAAUGCCAAAAAUUAGGAACUUGACCUUUGUCCUUGAUGCCUGCAAAGUGCUAGAACAGGCACGGAAGGUGCUGGCCUACUCCUGUGUGUACAGCUACUAUAACCAGGACACUGAGAGCAUGGAUAUUGUGGAACAGCAGACUGAGAGCCUGGAGCUGCUCACUAAUGCUCUGCAGAUCCUUCUGGAGGAAACCCUGCUGCAGUACCAGGACCUGGCCACUUCUCUUCAGCUCCUGAAAGCAGAGCACUUCCACACGGGUUUGGAGUUGGUGCGGCAGAUCAAGGAGCGGCUCUUUGCAAUCCUCUGGCACUCCACACAGGAUUUCCAUGUUGGGCUCCAGACUUCAGGAGAUGCUGUUCAGAGAAAGUCGAAACUUGCAAAUGUGCCUGCUUCAGCCAUUGCAUGUACAGGGCAAAAACGAAUCCUCCUGUGUGACUCCCCCAACACAGAUGAAGGUGGCAAGGAGGUUGAAGAUGACGAGUAUGAUCCACAGUGGCAGGAAGACUAUGAUGAUGAUGAUGAUGACCUUGAUGAAGACAACUUUAUGAUUGAUAAUGAUUCAGAUUGUGAUUCUUACUUUGAUGAUAAUGAUAGCUAUCGUAGCUAACACUGGAAGGGUCCUGUCACCUAGCCUUGCCACCUUGGACCUCUGCCUCUACUUUUUCUCAACCAGUUUGUGUUACUGUUUUUCCUCAAAGGCAGGGAGGAGCUCUCAGAUGGAACAAAAUAUUUCCUCUGGGAGGUUUCUUGCUCAGUGACUCUUGAAUGUGCAGGAACAUGCUCUGGGCAGCUGGUCUGUGUUACUGUGGCCAUCUCUCUCAGAAAGACAUCUCCUUGCCUUUUUCUCUUGUCUCCAGUUCUGCCUGUAGGUAUUUAAUUGAGUUAGAAAGCCCACCUGCAAAGUAAGGACCAUUUGCCACCUGCUAAAGGGCUGCUCCUUGUCCUUGGUGUGCUGUCCCCAAGGGCUGGGCACUGGAGAGGGUGGCACAUGUCCCAGCACAGCACUGUCUAGCAAUGCUGUCUAGAAAUGCUGUAAAAAGAUGCAUUUACACUCAAAGCUUCCCAGCUGGAGCUGGUGGAUUCUCUCCAGCCACAGACAGAUGUGGUUCAGUUCCUCUGGUUGAGAGGAGCUGCAUUUUUGCCCUUUGUUGGAGUUUUCUUCUCUGUUAUGAAGCAGGAAGGGCCACUAUGAGUGACACCAGUUUGCAGCAUUGUUUAAGUUUAUAAAUAUAUGCACACACGUAUAUUUUAUAUACAUAUAUAUAUAUAUAUAUAUAUGCAGAGGUUGUUCAGAUAAUAAUGUAUCUUUGCAAAAAAAAAAAGAAAACCCUGAGGAACAAGGGUUGAAAAAAAGUUCUGUUUAAAAAA